AAUCACAUAAUGUCCGUACAAAAUAGGGUGAAAUUGCGUAGCUGUAAAACCUCUGAGAAACCCUAACGAGCAAAACUUUGAGAGAUCUUCUCGUCCUCAAACUCAAUCAUGGAAAAAGACCCAUCUUUUUUGUUCUCUGGAAUUCACUUCAACAAGAAGAAGUUCUCCAACGAUUUCGCCAAGUUCCUGGAGAAGAAAGGGAGAGAUAUAAACGAAAGUGAAGAACCGAGAGAGGAUUCAAGUUUCAUUGAAAGUGGAAAAUCCGAAGAGAAGGAAGGAAAGCUCUCUGUCAAGAAGCGGAAACGAAAGUCUGUGGGUUCUGGGGAAACGGUACAAGGAUUUGAUGUCUUUAAGAGUUCAAAAUCAGCUGUAAAAUCUGUAGAAGUGAAUGAAGAGAACGAUGAAGCCGAAAAUGGGCCCUCUAAAAAACUAAAGGAAUUGAAUAGGCAACUAGAGCGGGAUUCGUUGUCGCGUAAGAAGUACAACAUUCAUGUUUCUGGGAAUAAUGUAGCCACCCCACUUCAGAAUUUUGAUGAAUUAAGCUCGAGAUUUGGGUGUGAGCCCUAUUUGUUACGCAAUUUGAAAGAACUAGGAUUUAAAGAGCCAACACCAAUCCAAAGGCAGGCUAUUCCGAUCCUUUUAUCUGGCCGGGAUUGCUUUGCGUGUGCUCCAACUGGAUCUGGUAAAACACUGGCUUUUGCAUGUCCCAUGCUUAUGAAACUUAAGCAUGCAUCUACUGAUGGCAUCCGAGCUGUUAUCCUCUGUCCUACCCGAGAGUUAGCUGCUCAGACAACCAGAGAGUGCAAGAAAUUGGCUAAAGGGAAAAAAUUUCGCAUCAAAUUAAUGACAAAACAGCUAGUAGGAAAAGCUGAUUUGUCAAAGCUGCCUUGUGAUAUACUCAUAUCAACACCACUUAGGUUAAGAUUGGCUAUUCGGAAAAAAAAGAUCAACUUAAGUAGGGUUGAGUAUCUUGUCCUGGAUGAGUCUGAUAAGCUAUUUGAGCUUGGUAUGUUAAAGCAGAUUGAUUCUGUGGUCAAAGCUUGCUCAAAUCCUUCAAUAAUACAGUCCCUGUUUAGUGCUACAUUGCCUGACUCUGUUGAGGAGCUUGCACGCACAAGAAUGCAUGAUGCUGUUCGAGUUAUUAUUGGCAGGAAGAACACUGCUUCAGAAUUGAUUAAACAGAAAUUGGUUUUUGCCGGGAGUGAAGAAGGGAAACUUCUUGCUCUUCAUCAAAGCUUUGCAGAGAGUUUGAAUCCACCCAUAUUAAUCUUUGUUCAAAGCAAGGAGCGGGCAAAGGAACUAUAUGGUGAACUGGCAUAUGAUAAAAUCAGAGUUGAUGUCAUCCAUUCUGAUUUGUCCCAAUUGCAGCGAGAUAAUGUUGUCGAUGACUUCAGAGCUGGCAAAACAUGGGUUUUGAUUGCCACUGAUGUUAUUGCCCGGGGUGUGGAUUUUAAAGGUGUCAACUGCGUGAUCAAUUAUGAUUUUCCAGACUCUUAUAACGCAUAUAUUCACAGGAUUGGUCGGACAGGCAGAGCAGGGAGGACAGGAGAAGCUAUUACUUUUUACACUGAGGCAGAUCUUCCCUUUCUGCGGAACAUAGCUAAUUCGAUGAAAUCCUCAGGUUGUGAAGUACCAUCUUGGAUCAUGGCAUUGCCCAAACUGAAAUGGAAGAAGCACCGUCCACGAAGAGAUUCAAUAUCAACCCAAUCGAAAGAUUAGGAAGAAGAAGGAAAUAUCUCAAGGAGUUAUAAUUUGUUCAUGGUUUCAAAAUUCUAACAUACGGAAGAUUUUCCAAAUUUUGUAUUUGUAGCUUGAUAUCUUCAGAAGCGUUUAUCUUUUAUUUUUAUCAAUGAAUUUUGGUUAUGACAGGGAAUGAUAUUUAUAUCUUUGUUUCAUUGAAGAGAUGAGAACUAUGUACAAUAAUAUGAUUUUUUUAGCACUUUAAUAAAACCAUAUUAUUGUUCCUUCUGAUGGAA